AUGUUGUUCAAACAAAUGUUUGCCUUUGUGCUUGCAAUGUUCUCGGUGUUGCAGAUUGAUCAAGGAGUCAUAGCUGCCCCCUUGGAAGCCAGACAAGGGUGUGUCAAGUCCCACUAUCCUUGCUCGAGACUCCUCUGUGAAGACUCCCAAGAAACCAACUACUCCUACGACUCCCGGGAAGCCAACCACACCUACCAAGCCCGCGAAGCCAACUACUCCUACGACUCCCGGGAAGCCAACCACACCUACCAAGCCCGAGAAGCCAACCACACCUACCAAGCCCGACAAGCCAACCACUCCUAA